AUGAGUAGUACUUCACCACAACCAAUUCCUCGUCUUUCACAUCCUACGAGUUAUCAUUUACAACAAACUCAAUUAAGGCAACAACAACAACAAACUCAAUUAAGGCAUCAACAAAAAGCUAUUGCUGUAAACGAUGGGGCUCCUAACGUUGUAGCUCCUAACGAUGGAGCUCUUAACAACGGAUCUCUUCCAACUCCAAACAACUCUUUCAACAACGGUUCUACAAUAGACCCUACUCUUAUAACAGCAGGUCAGCAGCUACAUCAACCUUCUUACAACGGAGCUACAAACGUAAUAAAACAAGAAUCUACCGAUAUUCAACAAACUGAAAUGGACUUCGAUCAUCCUCAGCAGUUCCUAUCACCGCAAUCAGAUUCUCCACUAGGAUCGCCUACAAAUCUCGAUGCUGAAGAGUUUGGUCAACCCUUCAAUCCUCAAGGUCAUAUAGAAAUUCUAGAAAUUCCUUCGCCUUACCACGCCGAUUCACCUCAUAACAGUUACAAUUCUCAAACGAGUAUGUCUUUACCGGUUCAAUUUGCUGCUAAUAAUAAUGAAUGGUUUAAUCCAAAUUUUGAAACAGGUUCUUCUUAUCCAUUGUUAUAUUCUACUACUACCCCUGAAAUGAAUUAUUUGUCUACUAUCAUGGAUCCAGAUGUGGGGGAUGGUGGUGCACAAAAGGCUGCAAUGUUAAGUGAAAAGAAACGCCGUAGAAGAGAAUCACAUAAUGCUGAUAAUAUUAAUGAGCAAAUUCAGGAACUUUCUAGGUUACUUCCAGAUGUAUUUAUGGAUUCUUCUAAUAAACCCAACAAAGGUCUGAUUCUAAGAAAAUCUGUUGAUUAUAUAAAACAUCUUAAAAAUACUGUAGACGUACAAAGUAAUCAAAUGGUAAAAUUAGAAUCAAAAUUUAAACAAUUAGAAACUAGUGAUACAUCUUCAUUCUCAUUUGUUAGUAAAAAUAUUAGCAAUAUUAACAAUAGUAAUAAUGAUAAUAAAUAA